UUCUUAAAACUGGCAUUUGGUCUCUGUGCUUAUAACCAAGUCUUACAAACUUGCUCUCCGGAACUUUAAGAUUCGAAAAAAAAAUUGUUUCUUAGAUUGAUAUUUUUGGUUUGUGGUUGACCUUCUCGUUGUUCUGUUGCUUAGUGUUAGAAUAUUCGAUGAAACAGACACGAGGCAGUUUGUUAUGGCAACAAAAUUGGAACUUCUGAGAAAAAAAAUCUUAAGAUCUUACGAACUGAAAAUUAAGCUCUAGUCUAUAUCAGGUUCAAGUGCGAUACAAGUGGUGUGUUAUAUAUAAGUCUCCGAAAUCGUUUACGUGAAGUGAUUUUACAGAAGAGGAAAAUAAUAAUAAUAAUACAUUGAAGAAGAAGAAGUUGAAGAAAAAGUAGAAAGAGAAAAAGAAGAAAGAUAAAACAUGACUAGUGUUCCCCUAAUAGUUUUGUUCACUCUGUGCCUGUUCCUACCACAGGCUCUGGCACAAUCGAUUCUAGAUAACACAUCAGAAAUGGCAAGCAACAUACUUCAUCAGAUCGAGGAGCAUUUAAGUAGCGUCACGAGCAGCGGCCAAGCCAGAAUGGGAGGAUACGGAGGGUGUUCCGACUCGUUCAGCGUGUUCGGAUUCCUGGCUUUCCUCUUGGCGCUGCUCGACCUCAUCCUCGAGCUACAAGGGAACAGGAGGAAGAAACGAGACACUCGAGGGAUGGAGGAGGACGUUAAUCUCAAAGCCGAGUGUCAGGUAAGCGAUUGGUAACGAUGGGGAUGAUAAAGAUAGUAAUGAUAAUGACAGUUACGAUGAAUGAUAAUGGU